AUGAAGAUUUUAUCGGGGAAUGUUAGAGGGUUGGGUAGGCCAGAAAAGAGGGGAAAGAUAAAGAGAUUGGUAAGGGAGAGAGAUGUUGAUGUGCUCUUUCUUCAGGAGACUAAGAGAAGAAAUAUGGAGGAUCAUUUUGUGAAAUCAGUUUGGCCCUAUAAAGAAAUGGAAUUUAUGGUGGUGGAUGCAGUGGGAAGUGCUGGAGUAAAUAUCUAUGCUCCUAAUGAGGUUCUUGGGAGGAGACAGUUAUGGGAAUCUCUAGUGGGUAUUCAUCAACAUUUUCCAAACCCGUGGUGUGUGGGAGGGGAUUUUAAUGAAAUUAGAUUCAUGGGAGAGAGGAAGGGAUGUUUAUCUAGAGAUAGGAGGAUGAAGGAUUUCAAUGACUUUGUGGAAAAAUUAGAACUAACUGAUAUGGCUCUGCUAGGCAAGCAGUAUACUUGGUGUAAUGCCAUGGAUGGAAACAGGUGGAGUAGGAUCGAUAGAUUUUUGUUAGAUGUGAAGUGGAUGGAAAAAUUUUCAUUUAAGCAAUGGGAAGUGAAGAAGAGGUGGGAGGAAGCUCAAGUCCAAGGGUGGGCAGGGUUUAGAGUAAUGAGAAAACUGAACUUGCUUAGGAGCAACUUAAGGGAGUGGAACAAGGUCGUGUUUGGAAAUAUCGAUACUCAGUUAAAGAAGGCAGAGGAGGAGCUUCAUGAAUGGGAUUUGAAGGCAGAGUCUAGAUCUCUAGAGGAAGAGGAACUGAAUAGAAGAAGAGAAGUUAGGAGCUAG